AUGUUGCUUUGCGUUCCUCAUUUCCUCUGUCUCUGCCUGUCUGUCUUCUUCCAAUCUAACGAUAAGAAAGAAAAGCAAAGCAUUCGCUUUACUUCAAUCAGCCAAGAUGACACAUCUUCUAAUCUCCACCGCCUUCGUACACCUCUUCUCGCGACAGCAAGCAAAGAGGGGUUUAUUGGUCGCCAUUUCAUUUUGCAUUCAUGUUUUUGGCACAAGUUUUUGGAAGGAGACUCUUUGCAACUGCAACAUCAGAAGCUUCUGAUGCUGGGGCUGCAGCUGGUAGUAGAGUCAGGACUACACAUAACCCUCUUGAGGAGUUCUUUGAGAUUGAUAGAAACCCAGAGGAGGACAAACCUGUUGUCUACGGGCGUAGCUGGAAGGCUUCAGAGCUAUAAGUUAUGGACCACCCCUGCUCAUGACUCAACCAGAUGCUUCAUGCUCAAAACUUGCGCUUUCCUAAUCCUGAACACCUACCUAAGGUUAGGAAAUCAAUGUGCAGAAUCAAACAUGUGUUGACUGAGAGAGCAAUGAAGAUCCAGAUCCUCGGAGGACUGCUGAGAUGAAGCGAAUGAUUAAUGCUUGAUGAUCAUCUUCUUGUUUUUUUUAGCAUCAUAAUAUACAAAUAAACUGAAUUUGAGAGGUGAAUAAAACAGCCAAAUUGAAGCAGAGCAAACUUGAUGUUCGUUGUGAACAGUGAUUACUUUAAAGAAAUGGCACAAAUACGAGCUGAGAGAAGAGCA